GCAAUGUUACGUGAGUACGGCCCGUCAGUCCCUGAAGAUAUCCUGGUCAAGUUAGUCAACGCAUUUGGCGAGCUUCGAUCAAGAGCAGACCAAGGUCUCAUAUCCUACCCUUACUCUACCCGAGAAGUCGUCAGUGUUGUCAAACAUUUACAGGCCUUCUCCGACGAGGGUGUGGCUAGUGUUGUUCGUAACGUGUUCGACUUUGACUCGUACCAUCCCGAAGUGAGAGACGUGGUUACGGAAGUGAUGCACAAGCAUGGGAUACCAAUGGGUACUUCCGCUGCUAGUAUUAACCUUGUCAAAGAGAUACCACUGUCGGCUCCAGUCUUCUUGGCUAACUGGCAAAUAGCAGAAGGGGAGCCUGGUGCCGGUGAAGUUGUCAAUUGUCCAGUCGAAGAGCGUCAACUUAAAAUUAAGGGUCCGAGUCUCCUUGCGACAUCGAAGAAAGACCUGGAUAAAAUGGUCGAUAGAUCAAGAAUCUUCACAGAACAACUGAGUCACUGGAACCUCCCUCUUCACGAGGGUAGCUUUGUUAAUGCUGUCACUACUGGUCCAGGUGAUAUUCGAGGGGACUGGCUCCAUACUUUAGCUCUUAACCCGGUAACUCUCUUCUCAUCUCAAACCAGCCAACACGCCGUCACGAUGACUGAUCUUUACGAGCUGUUUCCCAGAGCGUACUUAUCCAUUCUUCCUCAAAUCCAACUGGCUGCUCUUGGACAAGAACUAACAGGGCAAGUUUUACUCUUCGACCAAGAAUCUAACAUGCUGAUGCAUAUUGACCCCAAGAACAGCUCCGUCCGAUUUUUAAGUUUUCAGUCUCUUGCGAAAAAUGCUAAACGGAAGCUUACCCGGCAUUUUUCAGUGCAACAAAAGAAUAAAUUCAAAAUGUGCUCAGAUUUUUCACAAGAAAAUUGGGUCGCGAUUUACCAAGAAGGCACCAACAAGAUGGACGUUGUUGAUGUAGUUGGUGACGUCACUCAACAUAUGACGUUCCCGUUUGUGAUUGGCCAGUUUCAUCCAUUCUCACGUGAUCUAUGGCUUCUCGGGGAGACUGGUACGGACCRGAAGUAUUUGCUUUCUAAACCUUACCCGGAAGCUCCAGUGCCUUGUGUUCUUUACCCGGUCACUAGUGAUACGAUCGAUGACACCGACGAAUCUCAUUGGCAAUCGAUAUCUACUCGUGGCCUCCCAUCAAAUAUCUUAAGCUCGGCUUUAGGAGACGACAAGAGAUCGAGGAGUAAUCGAUUACUUACGGAUACUUCGAAUUACGCAACUGUUGCAGUGGCUCAGCCUGACCAGCUUGUUAUCAAAUCACCUGUCAGUCUCUAUACCUUCCCAAGAGAAACGUCCACUGAGGUCAAAUCAGAAAAUAAUUCCAAAAAAUCUAACCCUACCACGGAUACAUUAUCGUUCGAUUCUGUCACCCCUGUAAGUUUUCCAGCCACUGGUCAAGUCAUUCGUGUUGUUUCGAAGACGYCAGUACCAGAUGAGGCUAAAACUACUGAAGAAACACAACCCAGGGAUAUCCUUAGAAGACCCACAAUACAAACUACAGGAUAUCUUGAAGUGGUGGACAUCGGCAGAAGAACUGUACGGUAUAUUCCACUACCCGGGAGUUCUGUUUUACCCCUGUAUGCCCGCUGGGCAGAUGAACCCGUUGCCAUGGCACCGACCUCUGAUGAUGGCCUGGUAACUGUAGAUGCUGUCGGUCAGGUACGGAUGUGGGAGACUGGGUUCAGGAAUCUGGAAAAUUCGUUUGGUGAUUGGAGGAAGUUGAUAGGAAGGGAUCCUCAAGAAAAACUCCAGGUUACUUAUUCACGGGACAGCGGACUUGACGUCAACGCUCCAAAACACGGCAAGAUGGAUCCGUCAGGUGAUCCUCACGUGGGAGGUAACACGUGGGCUGGUGGGACAGGUGGGCGUGAUACAGCAGGUCUCGGUGGUAAAGGAGGACCAUACAGACUAGAUGCAGGACACGAUGUACAUCAGUUAUCAGACCAAGAGAAAGAUGACGUACCUGAUGACGUCAAGAAAGCAGCAAGAGAGAUGGCAAGGAGAGCUUUCAAAGAAAGGCUUCGCGAAAUUCAGAUGAGUGAAUAUGACGCAGAAAUGUACGAGGCGUUCUCGUCACGUGUUCGUCGUCAGGUCCAGUCUCUACGCGUUAUUUUGGACGGGCUGCAGGCGAAAAGCCGUGAACGAGUGUGGCUUCGUCACCAGACCUCUGGAGAGCUUGAUGACACCAAGCUGAUAGAGGGUCUUACGGGAGAACGUUCCAUUUACAAGAAAAGGGGAGAGGAAGACCCUGAGCUUGGAACACCUCAGCGUCUUCCGAAGCGCUUGCGAUUUGUGGUGGAUGUCAGCGGUAGUAUGUAUCGAUUUAAUGGUCUUGAUGGUCGACUUGAUCGAAUGAUGGAAGCAGCGUGUCUUGUGAUGGAGGCCUUAUACCAGUACGACGACAAAAUCAAGUACGACAUAUAUGGCCAUUCAGGUGAAUCCCCAGAGAUCAUCUUCGUCAACGACAACUCCCUUCCCAAGAACAACCGCGAACGACUUGACGUCAUGAAGCAAAUCCACGCGCAUGCGCAGUACUGCAUGAGCGGUGAUUACACACUCGAGGCGACGUCGUAUGCUAUCAAGGGAGUAGCAGCGUUAGAUGCUGAUGAACACYUUGUGAUAGUGUUGAGUGAUGCUAACCUGGAACGGUAUGGGAUAUCUGCUAAGGAUUUUGGCAAGGUUUUGACUAGUGAUUCGCAGGUCAAUGCGUUCGCUAUUUUCAUUGGCUCGCUUGGUAACCAAGCAGAAAGGUUGGUAAAGGCUUUGCCUUCGGGUCACGCCUUCGUGUGCAUGGACACCAAGCAACUUCCUCUCGUCCUCCAGCAGAUCUUCACCUCGACGCUUUUGAACUCGAAAUAAUUGUCAGGCUUGCUUGUAUUAAUAAAAUAACAAUAUUUUAUUUCA